AUGGCUUCUACUUCUUCUUUGAUUAUUCAUUUUCUUCUUCUUCUUCUUCAGUUCGUCUUUGCUUCUUUCUCCAAUGCACAGCUACCCAUUACUUCUUCUAAGCCUGCAGGUAUAAUCUUCGAUCUUGAGAGAGAUCCAUCAACUCUCCAAUAUAUGAUCAAAAUCAACCAAGGAACUCCUCGAGCUGACGUAAAACUAGUUCUUGAUCUUGGAGGAAUAGCACCUUGGCUUCGUUGUGAUAAAGGAACCCACGAAUCAUCAUCCUACCAUCCAGUCAGUUGCGCGUCACCCCAAUGUUCUCUAGGGAACAAACAAGCAGUUGGUACAAGUGAAUUGUGCAAUGGUACUGCUAACAGUACAUGUAGUAUUUACACAAGUAACCCGGUAACUCAUUCUGUCAGAAAAGGUGAGCUCGUUUCAGAUCUUAUGACUAUUACAUCUAACCCUGACAGCCAAGCGACGCCAGUUGCUUCACCUCGUAGGAUUUCGUUUGGUUGUGCGACUGCUGGUAGUAUGUUGAGUGGACUUGCUAAAGGUUCUAAAGGAGUGGCUGGUCUUGGUCGUUCAUCUUCUCUUUCACUAGUUCCACAAUUUGCAGUUGCAGGCCGAUUCUCCCGCAUAUUUUCUCUGGAGUUGGUGGAGAACAGUCAAGAUAAUAAUCACGGCAAUAGGAUCUAUUUUGGGGGUGGACCUUACAUUUAUUCCGACUGGGUGCAGAUGGAUUGGUGGAAUAGAGGGUUAAAAUACACUCCACUCUUGAUUAACCCCAAAAGUAGGGAAGAAUAUUUUGUGGAUUUAAGAUCCAUCUCGGUGCACAACAGAACUGUACCAAUAAACAAAAAGUUGUUGUCCAUCAACAAGAAAACUGGUAUUGGAGGAACAAAAAUCGACAUUCGAAUUCCUUAUACUACUUUGGAGACCUCAAUCUACAAAGCCUUCAUUAAGACUCAUACUGAAUGGGCUGAAGCAUGGAACGUUAAGAAUGGUAUAUGGAGGGAUCAUCUGGUGAACAUUACAAGGGUUGCUCCGGUUGCACCUUUUACUGCCUGUUAUAACGCGUCCACCCUGCCUCGUGUGUUAGCUUUUUCCGCUGAUUACUUCUUUGGACCAAGUGUGUCGUUCAUAUUUCCUAAGAAUAAAUGGAACAUUGAUUUGUUGGAUCUGGUAAGAGUUAAUGAUGGUGUUGACUGUGUGGGAUUUGUCGAUGGAGGUUCAAAGCCUACGACUUCCAUCGUUAUUGGUGCACGUCAGAUAGCUUUCCUAGAGUUUGAUAUUUCUAGAUCAAGAUUAGGAUUUGUGGAACCAAAUCUUCCUGAAUUUGAUUAA